UUAGGAAAGCUUUCCUAAUUCCAUACCAAUUGGAAACAUUCAUAAGAAUCGCAUGUGUUUCAUCAAAACGACCUCUUGUAAACCACUAAACGACAUCCAUUAUUUACUACAAAGUUUUAUUAUUACUCUCUCUUCAAGUCAGUUGCGUUGGGACUUAGGCCUCUUCUUUCUCACGCUCUCUCUGUCAUCCUUCCAAAUUUACAAUUUGCAAAUCGUCUUUACUUCAUUCCCUGCAGAUUCAAUUCUCCCAGUUGACUUACCUCAGAAAGCUAUGAGCGAUCCCCCGGUUGAAACCCUUGACCCUUUCCUGCGGGGUUACCAGCGAUCCGAACUCAGAAUCGCAUCCGAGUUCCUCACCACGUGGCUUCCUUUCCUCUCUAGAGAUCUCUGUCACCACUGCGCUGAAACUCUCUCCGAUCGAAUCCGUUCUAUUGGCCCUGAGGUUCAUGGUGACGCGGAAAAUUUGCCAAAGGAUGAGAAUGUAACUGUUUCGACCCCAGAUAUUAUGCGAUUGAAGAAGCACAUUGACAGUCAUUGUGAUAAUUGUGACUCCAAUUCGCUGGGCAGUUGGAAAGAUGACGGUGCUGACACGAAUUCGGUUGGGAGUUUUAAAGAUGAGGUGAACGAGUGGUCUGAACCUGUCCCUGAAGCUUCUACAAGUGAAUUAGCGUCUGAAUCCCCCUCAAUUGAAACUCCUAGUCCCCGCAUAUCUUGGGCUGAUAUGGCACAGGAAGACGAGCUCGAGGAGGAAGAGGAACAUGAAGCUAACAAGCGGUCCAUUGAUGAGAAUUCAUCAACAGGGGAGGUUGGUGUCUCAAAGGUUCCACGAAAGGCUGAACUGCCAAGGGAACAGAGAGAGUACAUUCGGUUUAGGAAUGUCCAAAGGAAGAAAGAUUUUAUUUGUCUGGAGAGAGUUAAAGGGAAAUUUGUUAAUAUUCUUGAUGGGCUUGAGCUCCAUGUGGGUAUUUUUAGUGCAGCAGAGCAGAAAAGGAUAGUUGACUUUAUAUAUGAACUUCAGGAGAUGGGAAGGAAUGGCCAAUUGAAAGAGCGCACAUAUUCCGCUCCCCAAAAGUGGAUGAGAGGCAAGGGACGUGUGACUAUCCAAUUUGGUUGCUGCUACAAUUAUGCAACAGAUAAAAAUGGUAAUCCACCAGGCAUCCUUCAGAAUGAGGUUGUAGAUCCUAUACCUCCUCUUUUCAAGGUGAUCAUUAGGAGGCUGGUUAGAUGGCAUGUUCUUCCUCCAUCCUGUGUGCCUGACAGUUGCAUUGUCAAUAUCUAUGAAGAAGGGGAUUGCAUACCUCCUCACAUCGACAACCAUGAUUUUGUUCGGCCUUUUUGUACUGUAUCAUUUCUCAGUGAGUGUAAUAUUGUUUUUGGAACGAACCUGAAGAUUUUGGGUGCUGGUGAGUUUGUUGGUCCCUUCGCAAUUCCCUUGCCUGUGGGUUCUGUUCUUGUCUUAAAUGGAAAUGGCGCUGAUGUAUCUAAGCAUUGUGUGCCUGCUGUUCCUAGUAAAAGGAUAUCAAUUACUUUCCGGAAAAUGGAUGAAUCUAAACGCCCUAUUGGGUAUCUUCCUGAACCUGAUUUACAAGGACUUCAGCCAGUAUCCUAUGAAAUGGACAGAUCAAAGAUAUCAAAUCCUCAAAAACCAGAGCGCCGCAUGAACAGACAGGCAGUUAGAAGAGAGGGUAGUGUAGAAGCGAGGGGUUUUAUGGAGAGAGGUGACCAUUCAGGGUCUCACUACUCAAGUCGGGCUCCAAGAGGGCCUGCAAAUAGGCGGAGGAUCAGGAUGAAUUUGGCUGAUUGAUGGUUGCAUCAACAUUAGCAUUUAACCUUGAAGCAUAUGUCAUAAUGGUGGAGUACAUUGUUGUUUGUUGACGCAAAAUCUACUGCUGAGGAGUUUGUUAAUUGAGUUUCCUUCAUUUUCUCAGUCUGAAAGAGCAUAAAUGAGAAGGGCACGAUUUCAUUUAUAUCUUGUGUAUCUAUUUAGAUGUUUGAAAUGUAUCGGUGUGCUGCCUAUUCAAUAGGUGAAAACUGAAAUUAGCUGAGUAUUUGGAACUUGGAAGUGGGCAGUAGCAAUAUGGAAACGAAUUGCUUAUUUGGUUCUAGUAGUUGGAGCCUCUGACCAGUGGCAAUGGUUGUAAACUUCAGCUUGUGUGCCUAUAACUCUGGUAGGUUUGGAUUUGAUUUGAAAACAAAGGAUGAUAUCAUAUAGCUGGCCUGUACUGUAGUUUGGGCUCAGAUCUGGGAAUGUGUAUGGUUUGAUCAACUCCUGCGAAGCUGCAUGCUUUGAGACCAUUACUCAUUUAAACUGUUCACGUUUGAAUUA